AUGCUGCUGACACCGGACUCAGCCGGGCUGCUCCAGCUCCCCGUCCGCCUCCUCGCCCUCAGCGCACUAGCCCUCACCUGCAUAGUCAGCUACAACUACAUCCGCGUUCUUCUCCUGCGCCGGAAGCUCCCGCCGGGACCCUUCCCGCUGCCCGUUAUCGCAACCACUUUCGCAUACCAUACUUCCAGCCUCAUCGUCCUCAACGAUGCGUGGACGGCGUCGGACCUGUUAGAGAAGCGCGCGGACGUCUACUCGUCGCGGCCGCGCUUCGUGGCGAUGGGGGAGUUGACAGGGUCUGCGACGACGAACCAGGCCACGCUUGUGUAUGGUGACCAGUGGAGGCUGCACAGGAAGCUCACGCACUCCAUUGUUGGCAGCCACGUGGUACGGGACCACCGGUCCUUCCAGGGCGACGAGUCCAAGAUCUUGACCCUAGAGUUCCUCACUGAUCCGGACGAUUAUGUCAUGUCCAUCGAGCGGUAUUCUGUUUCUGUCGUCUCUAUCAUCGGCUGGGGCAGGCGGAUCGCGAAGAAGAAAGACUACGUCUGCCAGAAGGCCCUGGAGACCAUGGCUGUUGUGAACUUUGUUAUCCCGGGCUGGUUGCUGGUCGAGUCCGUACCAUGGCUUGCUGAUCUACCACCAUGGCUGUACGCAUUCCCCACUAUCGUGAGGACAAUCUCGUCGCACUUGGCGAAGUACUUCCUCGCUCUUAACAAAGAGGCAGCUGCGAACCAUCCGAACCCGAGCUUUGCAAAAUCUGUCCUGGAAAAGCAGCCUGUUCUUGGUCUGAGUGAUGAGGAAGUAUCUGCUUUGACUACCAACGGGACGUUGACAUCCACCGUCCUCGCCCUCUGCCUCUUCCCAGAAGUACAGGCCAAAGCCCAGGCCGAGAUGGACUCCGUGCUUGGAGAAGCCAGGUCUCCCACUUGGGAGGACCUCGACGCCGGCCGCCUGCCAUAUACCAGCGCUUUGGCCCGGGAGAUUUUGCGCUGGCGGACAGUCACGAUCCUCGGCGGCAUCCCUCACGCACCAGUCUGCGACGACACGUACAGGGGUUACCUGAUCCCCAAAGGCACGCAGCUUACCUGCAAUACGUGGGCGAUACACCGGAACCCGGGCGACUUCCCUGACCCCGACACGGUGAGACCUGAGCGGUACCUAGGCAACCUUCCGGGAGGGCUGGCUUUCGAGUACCCCAAUAGCAGGGGCCACAAUGCCUUCGGAUGGGGGAGGAGGCAGUGCUCUGGACAGCCUCUGGCAGACCAGAGCGUAUUGAUGGUGCUGGCGAGGUUGCUCUGGGCGUUCAAGGUCGAAGCGGGGCUUGAUGACAAGGGCAAGCCAGUUCAACUGAGUGCGUUUGCCUAUAAUGACAGCGAGAACAUACGCCCACUGCCAUUCAAAGCGCGGUUCACGCCGCGUUCGAGCAAGAUUGAAGAGCUGAUUCGAUCAGAAGCGCGUGAGGCGGGGGAGCGCUUGAGCAAAUUUGACGGCGAUACGAACUUGACUUUGGAAUCGGUCCUGGCGGCUCAGGAGAAAUUGUGA